UUCUUCCCUUCACGACGGUUCCUCAAACCUAGUUCUACUCAAGCGUUAGGCGUUCUGCUGCUUUUCUCGACAAAGACAAGAAAUGAUCUGGCCUGAUGUUGGCUGCUUCUAGUCUUCCUCAAAGUACCGUGUCGCUCUUCGCCUCUGAUAGCAAGCAUUUGGUCUGGCUAGGGUCGAAUUACCUCAAGAGUGGCCUCAAGCUUGGCCAAAAUCGCCAAAAUGGCUUCUGGAAGGGCAAUUCUGAAAGGGCUAUACCCGGUUACCAAAUUCGCGUUUUGCACAUAGACUCAUCAGAAGUAGACUCAUCAUACCGCUUAGAUAAAUUCGUAAGUUGGGUCUACCAAAUGCAUGAGAUACCACGGUUAUAUAUCAUUUUGGAUGCGCAGAAACUAUGAAAAAAUUGCAGAUUUGAGAAUGCACAUUAUAUACCACGCUUUGAUGAAGGCUAAGGCUAGGUUCUAGGUUGGCUGGAAGGCCAGAUCCUUUCCCGUUGCCGUCGAGAAGAGCAACAAAAUAGAGGAAGGAGUCCACGGUUUGUGGAAGAACAUUAGUCGGUUGGAAUAACAGGUUCUUUCCAGUCACCGUCGAGAAGAGCAGGUCUCAGUGGGAAGGCUAGCUCCUUUCCCAUCGCCGUCGAGAAGAGCAACAGAGCAGAGGCUAUCUCAAAGAAAUAGAGAUGCAGAGGAAGAAGAUGAAUCACGAUGAUGGUUUUGCUAGGGCUUUCAGACGAGCUGCUGAUGGUUUUUGUUCCGAGGAAAUUUCUUUCUUUCUUCUUCCUUUCUUUGCCGAGUUGCAAAGCGGAAUACUUAUAUUUGUUUAAAGCCACGUCACUGACACCCUGGCCGGUGUGGCUAGUGUGUUAAAAUAUUGGCUGAUCCCUAGUAGGACUCUUUUUUGCGGGCCUAUGAAUUUCAUCAAAGCUUUGAAUCACAGACCCGCCUUCAAACCAAGCAUAAAUCUCUCAAUCCUAGAGGCCCACUUGCCCAAAUGCCAAAGUCCCAAACAGCUGAACCAAGUCCUCUCCCAAAUGAUCUUCACUGGGUUCAUCAGGGACACCUUUGCUGCCAGCAGAGUGCUCAAGUGCUCGGCCGACUCACCCUUCGUUCACAUUGAUCACUCCCUCCAAAUAUUCAACCACAUCGAUAACUCAAAUGGGUUCAUUUGGAACACCAUGAUGAGAGCAUAUGUGCAAAGAAACUCUCCUGAAAAGGCUAUAUGCUUGUACAAGUUGAUGUUGGAUAGGAAUGUGGGUUGCGAUAAUUACACGUACCCAAUUCUAGUGCAAGCCUGUACUAUCCGGUUAUCGGAAUUUGAAGGGAAAGAGCUGCAUAAUCACGUUUUGAAAACAGGUUUUGAUUCGGAUGUUUAUGUACAGAACACAUUGAUUAACAUGUAUGCAGUUUGUGGAAAUAUGGGUGAUGCACGUCACUUGGUUGAUGAAAGUCCAGUUUUGGAUUCAGUUUCGUGGAAUUCAAUUUUGGCAGGGUAUGUUCAGAUAGGGGAUGUUGAUAAUGCCAAUUGUAUAUAUGAUAUGAUGCCGGAAAGGAACACAAUUGCUUCAAAUUCUAUGAUUGUAUUGUUUGGUAGGACAGGUCGCCUGAUUGAGGCUCUUCAGUUAUUUAAUGAGAUGCCAGAGAAAGAUAUGGUGUCAUGGAGUGCAUUGAUUUCUUGUUAUGAGCAAAAUGAUAUGUACGAGGAAGCUUUGGUUCUGUUUAUGAAAAUGAAGGCUAAUGGAAUUAUGGUCGAUGAGGUUGUGGUGGUUAGUGUUCUUUCUGCGUGUGCUCAUUUAUCACUUGUCAAGAUAGGGAAAAUCAUCCACGGCUUGGUUGUGAAAAUUGGUAUUGAAUCUUAUGUUAACCUUCAAAAUGCUUUUAUUCACAUGUAUUCAACAUGUGGGGACAUAAUAGCAGCCCGAAAACUGUUCAAUGGAGGCUGCCACUUGGAUCAGAUAUCUUGGAACUCCAUGAUAUCUGGCUACUUGAAAUGCGGAUCAGUUGAAAUUGCCAAGGAGUUAUUUGAUUCCAUGCCCAACAAGGAUGUCGUGUCUUGGAGUGCAAUGAUAUCGGGGUAUGCUCAGCAUGACCGUUUCUCAGAGACAUUGGCACUCUUCCAGGAGAUGCAGCUUGAUGGACUUAGCCCCGAUGAGACAACUUUGGUUAGUGUAAUAUCAGCUUGCACUCACCUGGCUGCCCUUGAUCUAGGCAAAUGGAUUCAUGCUUAUAUAAAGAAGAAUGGUCUAAAGGUUAACGUCAUCUUGGGUACAACCCUUAUAGACAUGUACAUGAAAUGUGGGUGUGUGGAAAAUGCAUUGGAAGUUUUUUAUGGCAUGGAGGAAAGGUGGGUUUCAACUUGGAAUGCUCUCAUUCUUGGUUUGGCAAUAAAUGGGUUGGUUGAUAAGUCGCUUGACAUGUUUUCUGAGAUGAAGAGAUGUGGUGUAGUGCCUAAUGAAAUAACAUUAAUGGGAGUUCUUGGUGCUUGUCGACACAUGGGCUUAGUAGAUGAAGGGUAUCGACACUUCAAUUCAAUGAUUCCAGAGCACAAGAUAGAACCCAAUAUUAAGCACUAUGGAUGCAUGGUGGACCUUCUAGGGCGUGCCGGUAUGCUCAAAGAAGCAGAGCAACUCAUCGAAACUAUGCCCAUGGCACCAGAUGUUGCUACCUGGGGUGCCUUGCUUGGGGCUUGCAAGAAACAUGGUGACAAUAAAAUGGGGGAGAGAGUAGGAAGAAAGCUCAUUGAGUUUCAACCUGACCAUGAUGGGUUCCAUGUGUUAUUGUCCAAUAUAUAUGCUUCAAAAGGUAAUUGGGAUGGUGCUCUUGAAGUUAGGGGCAUGAUGAUGCGACAUGGGGUGGUGAAGACCCCAGGUUGUAGUAUGAUUGAAGCAAAAGGAGUAGUUCAUGAAUUUCUAGCAGGAGAUAAGACCCAUCCUUGGAUGAAGGAGAUUGAGGAUAAGCUGGAUGAAAUAGCUAAGAAAUUAAAAAUGGAAGGUUAUGCACCGGACACAAAUGAAAUUUCCCUUGAUAUUGAUCAAGAAGAGAAGGAAACCUCUCUGUUUAGGCAUAGUGAGAAGCUUGCAAUUGCCUUUGGGCUUAUUGCUAUCAGUCCACCAACACCAAUAAGGAUUAUGAAGAAUUUACGAAUCUGUAAUGAUUGUCAUGCAGCAGCUAAGUUCAUUUCUAGAGCUUUUAAUCGGGAAAUUGUGAUCAGGGAUCGGCAUCGCUUUCACCACUUUAAGCAAGGUUCUUGUUCAUGCACGGACUAUUGGUAGUAAUAUAUUAUACACAACCAAAUAUAUUUCAAUGUUAUUGGUUAUUCACCUUAUUCCUCGAGAGCUUAUCCAGUUCUGGCUGUACAAUAGACAUCUGCUUCACUGCUGCCUGAUAGUUUGCUGUGAAGCUUGAUAGUUUUACAGUUCCAAGUUGCAUGCUGGUGAACCACCAUGGCAGCAAUUAAUUGCUUACGGGCGAUGAUUGAUGCAGCACCACUCUUGUGAGACUUGAAGAUAGUUCCUACGACGAAAAGGAAAAUUUGGAAGGCUAAGGCCUAUAACGAGGCUUUAAGGAACAGUUCCGCUUUGGAGCGGAUUUGCUGUUCUAUUGAGAAUAACGGACAC